AUGGAUAUUAAUGAAGUACUAUUUUGGAAAGUAAUUCACAAUAAAUAUUUAUUUUACAAAAUAUUAGAUCAUAUAGAAAAUAAUGAAUGGAUUAAUUAUGAACCCAUAUCAUUAGGUAAAGAGAAUCGGACAAAAUUUAAACAUAUUUAUGAUUUAAAAUGGAUGAUUAAAAAUAAUCAAUUUCAAUUACUAAAAUAUAAAUUAAAAAAUAAUGAAUAUGUUCAUAUUAGUAAAUUUAAUAUAAAGUCAUUAUUCAAUCUAUAUUUAAUUGAUAAUAAUAAUAACAAUAAUAAUAAUAAUAAUGAUAAUAAUAAUAAUAAUAAUAAUAAUAAUAAUAAUAAUAAUAAUAAUAAUAAUAAUAAUAAUAAUAAUAAUAAUAAUAAUAAUAAUAAUAAUAAUAACAGAGUACAAAUAAUAGAUUCACCAAGAGAAUAUUAUAGAUUAAAAUGUCAAAGAUCAAUCAACAUUGAAUUAUAUAAAGAGAUAUUGCAAUUAGUACUUGAAAAAAGGAAUUUUGAAUUUUUGAAAGAUAAAAAAAUAAUAAAAGUUGCAUAUAAAAAUGGUGGUUAUGAAAUUAUCAAUUUAUUACUUGAAACUCUUAAUAAUAUUAAUAAUAAAAAUAAUAAUACAACAAAAACAACAACUACAACAACAACAACAACAACAACAAACUUUGAAUCAUAUACAAUGAGUUUAAUGGAUAAUGAAUUUUCAUUUGAUUCUAUCCCAUAUUUAUUUGAUAACAGCAGACAUUUUACUACAUUAACCCGUAUUAUGAUAAAUCAUAUAAUAAAAGAACAACCAAAUCAAUCAAAUAAAAAUUUAGAAUUUAUAAAACGUCAAAAUAAAGACAUUAGAUUUGAAUAUUUAGCAGUUACUAUAAAUUACAAAACUAUAUAUAAGCUAUUAGAUUAUAUUGAAAAGGUAUUUAAAGAACGUGAAAAUUUUAACAAUCAAGAUAGAUUAGAAAUUUUAUUAAAAUGUUUAGAAUUAUUUGGAGAACAAAAACCAAAAGAACAACAGCAAUCAGAAUUAUUAUUAUUAUUAUUAGAACAAAAUGAAGAGGAUCAUAUUCAAAAAAUGCUUAUAAAAUUAAUUAUCUUAACACGAUCAGAUCAACUAUUAGAAUUAUAUUUAUCAAAAUAUCAUGAUGAAGUAUUGCCUGAUGAAUUAAUGUCAAUUGAUGAUUUUAAAAAGACUGCAUUUGAAUGUAGUCUUAAAAAUUACAUUCCUUCAAUAUUGAAACAAAUGGAUUUCACUUUCGAUCCUCAAAAACGUUAUUCUUUCUAUAUUUACUCAACCGCAAAUGAAAAUUUAAAUAGAUCAGUUGAAUUCCUUAGAACCCUUUUAUCAAAAAUAAAUAAUAUCAAUGGUUUUCAAAAUGAUAAAGAAGAAAAAGAAAAGGAAGAAAAAGAAAAAGAUGAAGAAAAAGAAAAAGAAGAAAAAGAAGAAGAAAAAGAAGAAGAAGAAGAAGAAGAAGAAGAAGAAGAUGAAGAAGAAGAAGAAGAAGAAGAUGAAGAAGAAGAAGAAGAAGAAGAAGAAGAAGAUGAUGAUGAAGAGGAUGAUGAUAAAUAUGAAGGAAUUAGUUUUAAAGUUGAUAUAGAAAAAUAUUUACAUGAAACCAUUGGUGGUAUAAUGCUAAAAAUAGAUAAUAAAUUAACAUAUGAAGAACUAUUCAAAUAUAUACCAAAUAAAUAUAAAAAAUAUUUACCAAAAACAUGGAAUCCAUUAAUGAUAAUCUUUCACGAUAGAUAUAAUCAUCCCCUCCCUAUUAUCAAAGAUAUUGAAACAAUGGAUUGGGUUGUACAAUGGUAUCAGAGAGAACCAUCAUUAAAUAAAUUAGAAUUAAGGUUAUUUGAAAUUUAUUUCUAUUUCGAUUCUAUUGAAUUAUCGAAUCACUUUAUAGAGUUAUAUUCAAUCACUGAAGAUUUACAAUAUUAUUAUCGAAUACCAUUUUUAAAAGCAAUUAUACAAUGUAAUAUUCAAGAGAUUAAACAUUUUCAUUCAUUAGGUAUUCAAUUUAAAUCUGUACUUUAUUAUUUACGUUGUUUACCAUAUUCUUUAAAUGAAAGAUUAUUAAAUCAAGAAGAUGAAUCAAUUUAUCAAGAAUAUAAUAGAUUAUUCAAUUUUAUUUUUGAUAAUAAAAUGGUUACUCCUCGAGAAUAUUACGAUUUAGUAGAAUAUAUAUGUAGAAAUGGUUUUUAUGAAGAUGAUAGUGAUAGAAAUAAUACAAGCACAUUAAAUCCUCAAGCGAAAUUUAAUAUUUCAAAAAUUAAAAUCAACACCAAUUUAAAUGCCCAACCUGCUGAAAAUUUAUUUAAGGAUACACAGGGAAAUAUAAUAUCUAAUAAUAAUUAUUCAAGAUUCAUAAUAGAGAAUUUUAUAAUUAAAGGUGAAGAUUUUGAUUUUAGCAAGCCAAAUUUUUCAGAAUCUCUUAUUAAAUCAUUCAUCAACCAAUUUAAUAAAUCAAAAGAAAUAAUUAAAACAAAUAACCAAAUCAAUAGAAAUAGUAGAAAUUUUCAAAAAUGUUCAUCAUCAUCAUCAACAGCAACAAUAAUAACAGUUACAACAACCUCACAUCAAGCAAAUUUGCAAUUAUAUUUUCAAAUAUUAGUACAUACAUUUUUGAAUAAAAGAGAAUAUAUAAAUCAUGAAUUAAUUGAGCAAAUUUAUCAAUUUUUAAUUGAAAAUCAAUUGGAAAUUAAUGUUGAAACAAAAGAAAUAAAACUAUUUUUCAUUUAUAAAAGAUCAAGAUUAUUGUAUGAAUAUUAUGAAUCGAUUGAUUAUAGAAAUAAAGAUUUGCUUGAAUCGAUAACAUUAGAAUCCAUUAAACAAUCACCAUUUAAUGAUUUAUUGGAUUCAAUGAUAAGUCGUCCAUAUAAAGAUAAAGAAAGUUUCUAUGUCAAAAAUGAAUCUGAUUAUUUGAAUAAUUUAAAGUUAUUCAUGUCACUAAAAAGAAAUGAUUUAUUUUUAAAGGAAUGGGAAUAUUCAUGUUCAGUUUAUAAAAAGAAUUGUGCAGUACUACCAAGCAUAAGGUGGUGCUGUCUUAAUUUAGAAUUAUCAUCAAUUAAUAAUAUUUUAAAAGUAAUUGGAGAAAAUUAUAGUGACAAAUAUCAUUAUUAUUUACAUACACUUCAAAUAGUAAAAUUUUGUAAAACAUCAUUACAAUUUGGCAAAACUGAUAUUACCAAAUCAUCAUUUACAAUCUUAAAUCAGUAUUUUAAGGACUCAUGUGAUAAUGAAUAUUUUCCCCAUUUAAUGAAUCAAAUUAAAAAUUUUAAUGAAAAUGAUUAUUUAAUAAAUAGAAAUUCAUUAGUAAUCCAACUAGAUUCAAUUAUCAAUACAAUAAAAUCUUAUAGGAACUGCCAAUAUUAUUAA